AUGGCGGCGGUACCAGCUAAAAGAGCGUGUAGAAGAAGAUAUUAUCCUGGUGAUCCAACGAAAGAAGUGGUGAAAGCUGCUAUUGAAGGAGAUGUUGUUUUACUUAACGAAGUUCUCCAAGAGUUAAGCAGCAGCGAUCGAGCUUCUAUAUUGAAAGCAACAAUCAGUUCAGAGACCGGUUUUACUGUUCUUCAUCAUGUUGCUUGGCGUGCACAAGACUACCGGUAUGCAAGCAAUAAUGUCUUGAAUUGUUUGAUUGAAAACGGAGCGGAUGUAAACGUACGUUCGGCAGACAGCAAAUGCACGCAAUUGAUGACUGCCAGUGAAGUUAAUGACCUCACUGUAAUAAAGUUCCUUUUAGAACAUGGUGCAGACGUUCAUCUUAAAGACAAGAAUGGCUUAACAAGUCUUCACUAUGCUGUCAUAGAUGUGCCCGAUGGUUUGAUCGCUUGUGAUGUUUUGAAGUGUUUAUUAGAAAAUGGGGCUGACAUCAAUGCACUUACGAAUUACAACAGCACCCCCCUGAUGCUAGCAAGUCGGUCAUGUGAUGUGAAUGUCAUAAAGUUUUUUCUUAAUCACGGGUCGAAAAACGACGGUAGGGCUCUUCACUUUGCCUGUGACAGAGCGGCACGAUUGGAUAUUAUGCUUUGUCUGAUUGGAAAUGGAGCUGAUGUCAACGCUCGUGGAAAUGACAACUGUACUCCCCUGAUGACAGCCAGUAGAUCUGGUCAGGUUAAUAAAAUAAAUGUCCUCAUUAACCAUGGAGCCAACUUGCAUCUUCAAGAUGAUAAUGGUGAUACAGCAAUGCACUAUGCAGAGUUUGUUCCGGUUCUAGCAGUUCUAACAGUCUCACGACAUUAA